AUGGCGCAGAAAGAUCCGUACGACUUGAAAUUUGACGAACUUCCUAAUCCUAUGCGAGUCUGGAAGGGCCCGCCUGGCAGCCACGAAGAAGCAUUAGGAAAAGUGUCGAUCCUCACUCCAGAUGUAGUCGCCAAAGCUGCCUCUCAGGAGAUCAGGACUGGUCGACGUGUGACCGUCAAUUGGUCCUUGGAACAGCUUGAGUACGCACCGUUCGGUCGAAUCCCAGUCAAACACAGUAUCAUUCCUAUACUAGACGGCGAUGCCUUCGAUGACAUCUAUACCUUCAAUCCGCAGCAGAGCAGUCAGUGGGAUGGGCUGCGCCACUUUUCACAACCGAAAUUUGUUGAAGAUGGGCAAAGGAGCGUUGAGCGGGUGUUCUAUGGCGGCACGACGAAGACGCAGAUCUACAACAGGACCAAUUCUCGACUCGGAAUCCAGGCGUGGGCAUCUGAAGGGAUCGCUGGUCGUGGUGUUCUCAUUGACUAUGCUUGGUGGGCAGAGAAGCAAGGCAUCGAGUACAGCACUUUCUCACAGCAUCACGUGAAACUAUCAGAUAUCACUCAGAUUGCCAAGGAAUGCGACAUCAUCUUUCAGAGAGGUGACAUACUUAUUGUCAGAAUCGGCAUGACAAAGGAAUGGAAUUCAUGGUCUGACCAAGCCAAGCAAGAAUAUGCAUCGCAAAGUAACCCAUUACACGCUGGUGUGGAGAAUUCGAUGGACGUCUUACGUUGGAUAUGGGACACCGGCUUCUCUGCUGUCGCAGGUGAUGCAAUAUCUUGGGAAGUCCGCAUACCUAUUCCGGUCGAUCGAAGAAGCUUCCAGUCUGAUGUGCCACAGGUCUUCCCGUCUAUCAAUCCGCCCCUGUUUCUCCAUGAAUACCUGUUAGCUGGCUGGGGCAUGCCGAUCGGAGAAAUGUUCGACUUGGAAGCACUUUCGCAGACCUGUCAAGAGCUGGACCGCUGGACUUUCUUUGUUACAUCAGCACCACUGAACAUGCCAGGAGGUGUAUCAAGCCCACCCAAUGCAUUGAUGAUAUUCUGA